UCUUUGCACUUUGCACCUCGCCCAAACCUCUGUCCUCCUCUGCAUUACGCUUACGCCAAGCCCCUAAUAUAUUAUCAGGAUAUACAAUCAGGAUAUACAAUCCCAUCCUGUCAUCAUCUCCCCCCAACUUCCACCAACGCCGCCCUCCAAGGGCCAACAUCCCUCACCAUGGCCGUCCUCACAGAAGUGGCAUGGAUCAUCGGCGUCAUGACUAUUUCUUUCACGGCGUCGGCGUUUGGUAACGGCGCCAACGACGUGUCCAACGCCUACGCCACGUCGGUGGCGGCCCGCACGCUGACCAUGCCCCAGGCUGGCAUCUUGGCCAUGUUUACCGAGUUCUUUGGCGCCGUGGUCUUGGGCGGCCGCGUCACGGGCACCAUCAAGAACGGCAUCAUCGACAUCAACCGCUUCACCGGCACCCCCGCGGCCCUGGUGCUGACCAUGGGCUGCGUCGAGUUCGGCUCCGCCUCGUGGCUGAUGCUCGCCACCAAGGUCGGCUUCCCCGUCAGCACCACCCAGACCGUCGUCGGCGCCCUCGUGGGAGCCGGCAUCUCCUCGGGUGCCCAGGUCAGCUGGGGCUGGAAGACGGGCAGCGUCUCGCAGAUCGCCGCCUCUUGGCUCAUUGCUCCCGUCAUCUCGGCCGCCAUCGGCGCCCUGCUGUUUGCCACCCUCAAGUUCUCCGUGCUCGAGCGCGAGAGGUCCUUUGAAAAGGCCCUCAAGGCCAUCCCCUUCUACCUCGCCUUCACCGCCGCCGUGCUGGCUCUUUUCAUCACCAUCGAGGCUCCCGGAGCCCCCAGUCUCGAGGAGCUGGGCGCCGGAACCGUCUGCGGCAUCAUCCUGGGCGUCUUUUUUGGUGCUCUGGCCCUGGCCUACAUCUUUUUUGUUCCCUACAUCCACCGCAGGCUGGUCAGGGAGGACACGCGCAUCCGCCCCCGUCACAUGAUCCUCGGCCCGCUGCUGUGGAGGGAGAACCCGCCCAUCUUUUGGCCGGCCAAGGAUGGCUCCAUCGUCGACGACCACUACGCCGUGCAGGAUGCCCCCGAGGAAGCCAGCGCGGGCUCGACCGACCCCAAGGCCGGCAACGACGCCAUCACGCCCAACGGAGACGUAACCAACGGCGCAAAGGACCCCGAGAAGCGCGCACUGGAACAACAAGCAGCCGGUAACAACAACAACAACAACAACAACAACAACGGCGUCCUCAACUCAUCCGACCUCGAAGCCGGUCCCACGCCGACGCCACCUCGCCAGACCAUCGCCCGCUACAAGAAGCAGCCCGAGCCCGAAGAGCGCUUCCUCGCCCCCACGGCGCACCUCCCGCUCUACAACCCCAAGCGCCUCUGGUCGUGGGCCAAGUACAUCUUCCUGCAGGGCGUGACGCGCGACUGCGUGACGCACGCGGCCGAGGACCUGGCCAGCGUGCACGGCAAGGCCAAGCGCUACGACAACCGCGUGGAGCACAUGUGGACGUACGCGCAGGUGGCGUCGGCCAUGAUGAUGUCGAUCGCGCACGGCAGCAACGACGUGGCCAACGCCAUCGGGCCCUGGGUGGCCGCCUACCAGACGUACCAGACGGGCGCCGUGAGCUCCAAGACCGACACGCCCAUCUGGAUCCUGAUCGCCGCCGGCUUCCUGCUGGGCGCCGGCUUCUGGUUCAUGGGCCACCACAUCGUGCGCUCGCUCGGCAACAAGCUCACGCAGCUGUCGCCCACCCGCGGCUUCGCCAUGGAGCUGGGCGCCGCCAUCACCGUGCUCAUGGCCAGCAGGCUGGGCCUGCCCGUCAGCACCACCCAGUGCCUGCUGGGCGCCGUCUGCGGCGUCGCCAUGAUGAACUUUGACGCCGGCGCCGUCAACUGGAAGCAGAUGGGCUACAUCUUUUCCGGCUGGGUCCUGACCCUGCCGAGCUCGGGCUUCAUUGCGGGUGCCCUGCUGGCCAUGGCCCUCAACACUCCCAGUCUCCCUUGAGCAUGGUUGGUGUUUGUUUAUGUCUGGGCGGGGACUUUUUUGGGUUUUUGUUUUUGGUUUUGCAUGCACUCGCGUUGGUGUAAAGGUGUCCGGGUUUGGGCUUUUUAGUUUGUUUGUCAAUCAUUGUGCAUCAAAUUUGAUGACGGAGCGUAGGAGAUUAUGAAUAAAACUUUAGAAC